AUCAAGAGCGCAGCAACAGCCCACACGUAGCCUAUGCUGAGCGAGCGCGCGGAGCGGAGAAGCGCCUGGCAGACCCGGAGCGCGACGCGAGGCAGCCAAACCGCUGUCUGUCAUUAGCUGAGAGUGUGACACAGGAGUGACAGAGGGGAGAGAGGAGAAGGAGAAGGAGGGAGGAGUGAGCGGUCCCGGUAAACAGACGAGCCGGCCUGAGAGGAGCCGAAGAAAAAAAGAAGAAGACCCCGAGAGAGAGGAAGGGGAGAGAGGUAGAGAGAGGGAGACUGACAGGCGUUACCGAAAGACAAACCGAAGCGUCGACAUGAGCGGUCAGUUUGAGGAAGAUAUCCACGACCGGGGCGAGAGGAAGAGCAGUAAAUCCCCGACACUGCUCUCCUCUUACUGCAUAGACAGCAUUCUGGGCCGCAGGAGUCCCUGUAAGGUCAGACUGAUAGGGGCUCAAAGUUUGACGGGUCUGCCCGGCAGAGUGGAGCUCGACAGGACCGCCGACGGGCCAACUAAAGAGCCAAUCUCUCUCAGCGCUGACAUGCACCUGCCUCCAAAGCUCCGCCGGCUGUACGGACCUGGGGGGAAGUAUCUCCAUGAGCACGCAGAGAAGCUGGAGAGGGAAAGGCUCCUGCUGGAGCAAGCUAGCGAAAGCCUCAAAAUCAGCCAGGCGCCACAGGUGAGCAUCAGCCGUAGCAAGUCCUACCGAGAGAACGCGUCGCUGAGCCGGGGAGAGGGUGACCAGAGCCCCGGAGAGGCCUCGGAGGACGGCAGCAUGGGACUGGUGGAGCUCGGUCCGCUGAAGUUUGAGGAGGACGCGGGGAAGGAGGAAGAGGGCUGCGGGGACGCGGUGGCGCUAUCCCCGAAGGACGAGGAGAGGGAGAGCUUGAACGCCGGGGAUGGGGACGUGAGGGACGGGGAAGACAGCGUGUGUCUGUCGGCGGGCAGUGACUCGGAGGAAGGGAUGCUGAAACGGAAGCAGAGAAGAUACAGGACUACCUUCACCAGUUACCAGCUGGAGGAGCUGGAGAGAGCUUUCCAGAAGACGCACUACCCCGACGUCUUCACCAGAGAAGAGCUCGCAAUGCGCCUGGAUCUCACCGAAGCCCGCGUUCAAGUGUGGUUUCAGAACCGAAGGGCCAAGUGGAGGAAACGCGAGAAGGCCGGGGUGCAGGCCCACCCGUCAGGCCUGCCAUUUCCAGGCCCUCUUGCAGCGGGCCAUCCUCUCAGCCACUACCUAGAGGGAGGACCCUUCCCUCCUCACCCACAUCCAGCUCUGGAGUCUGCAUGGACGGCUGCUGCAGCUGCAGCUGCAGCCUUCCCAGGCUUGGCUCCACCACCUCACAACGGCUCUGGCCCACCCUUGGCUGCCCCACUCGGCCUGGGCACCUUCCUGGGCACGGCUGCCAUGUUUCGCCACCCUGCCUUUAUUGGACCCACUUUUGGCAGGCUCUUCUCCAGUAUGGGUCCUCUGACCAGUGCUUCCACCGCUGCAGCUCUCCUCCGUCAGCCCGCACCUCCUGUAGAGAACCCCUCCCACACGGGGCCCGUCCUCCCUGACCCUUCCUCAUCUUCCUCCACUACUACUUCUUCAGCCGCAGCGGACCGCAGAGCCUCGAGUAUCGCCGCGCUGCGCCUCAAGGCCAAGGAACACUCAGCUCAGCUCACCCAGCUAAACAUCCUGCCCACCGGAGCCACAGGGAAGGAGGUGUGCUGAACACUCAACACCAGCUCUAGACCUCCCCGUCCUGGGCUUAUGUCCCAUCCCACGACACCCCACCCACCCAAAACUCCUCCAAAUACCCCAUUUGUACCUCUGGAAGCUGAAGUCCUGUUGCCUCCCCCCCUCCCCAUGUUUAGCCAUCCCUGUUACCUCAUGUUUCCCCACCCCCAAAAAUAGCACGACCAAAUUUAAAGGAGCACUGGUUUUAUAAAGGUGUGUGUGUGUGUGCGUGGUAAUUGCAGUUAUUAUUACAUUGCUUUACACUCCAUACACACACUUCCCUGACAGACAGUCCACUAAAUUACAUAUUUAACUUUUUAAAAUGUUUCUACAUUUGGAUGUUUUAAGACACAGUCUAACAGAAGUCUUUUAAAUAUUUCUUGAUUAAUUUAUAGUAUACAUGAACGUGACUUACAAAGUCUAACUACCAAAUACAUAAAAAAUACAAUUAAAUUAAUAAAUAAAAUAAAUAAAUCACCAUUGGAGGAAGGUGGAAGUAUAUUUACUAAAAUAAUGUACUUAAGUACAAAUAUUUUGAGUAUUUCUACUUCACUUUUGCGACAUUCCAGAGGCCUUUACGUUAUUUAAAUAUUAAAUACAAUUUAACUAGAUUAAAACUGUUUCCACUUAUUGUAAUCCAUUUUAAUCUAAUUGUUUUUAAUAAAUGUGGGUGACACCAAAAGGCCAUUUUUAAUCCACAGUUUCUGUGCAUUUUUCUAAUUCUUUCUCUGCAUUCAAUUAUUUUAAAAACACCUUUUUCUUUUCUUUUUUUUAACCGACCAUCUUCAGGCUGAUUUUUACUUAAGAAUCUGUCAUCUUCCACACACACACACACACACACAUGCACGCGCGCGCUGUGAGAGCUGAAGAACCGCAGGGGAACCCAGACUUCUAGAAAGAAAUCUUGUGCUACUUCAAAUGUGGACAACGGCGAGUGCUCGACAUUAACACUGCUUAAUCUGUAUGCAUUGAUGUGGACUGAGCAGGUCUGCAUCUAUGACAAAGGCGUGUUGGAGGAGGUCCACCCUGAACCAAAGGAAAACUGUCCAUAGACCUUCCAUAGCCUUCUCUUCUACAAGCCUGACUCCUCUCCACUGCUCGCCUACCCGACCGUCACACUCAGCCGUCAUAUAUACGUAUAUAUAUAUAUAAAUAUAUAUAGGCCUAUAUUUUUAAAUCCCUGUAUCAGUUCAGUGUGAUUUAAGGUGGUUUGAGUCCACGUCAGCGCGAGAUUUCUGUAAAUUUACUGCAAUUUUUGUCCUCCCUGUCUGGUUAUCGCAGCGGUGGCAUUUCCGCUGAGUGUGACUGCAGGGCACGCGAGCAGCGUUGAGAUCUGGUGUUUCUUUAAUGACCUGACUGUGUGAGAGAAAACUGUACAUAUUGUGUUUAAAAAAAAAAAGAGGAGGGGGAAAAAGUAAAAAAAAAAAAAAA